CUACUCUUACAGCCAGACCAUAGACUUAUCUCACAAUCGCAACUUGCGGCCGAGGUAAAGAGCAUAUACACCGGUCUUGUAUUGGUCGAAAACAAAUGCAUUAGCGUUGAUAAAGCCCAAGCGGCUGCGUCCCAAGAGAAGGAUAGGAUACAGCUGGCGUCUCAGCACUGCCAAGUUCUCAUUGCACUACACAGUACACUGCUCCAUGAGCAUCACGACUUCUUCCUCUCCUCCCAGCAUCCAUCAGCAACCCCAGCUCUUCAGCGGCUUGCUCUCAAGUAUUCCAUGCCCGCUCGAAUGUGGAAGCACGCUAUACACUCGUUCCUUACGCUACUCCGCGAAUAUCUUCCCGAAAGCCUCGAAUUCAUGCUUUACUUCAUCCCCCUCGCAUAUAAC